GCGCGCGCGCGCGUCGGACGUAAGGCCGAGGCCCUGCCCCCCGCCGGGCUCCGCGGCCUACAGUUCGGCGUAGAACCCGGAUUCCGGAGCCGCGGGAGAGCGAGGAGGAGGAGGAGGAGGAGGAGGAGGAUCCGCGAUGGAAGUGAAGGAUGCCAAUGCUGCCCUGCUCAGCAAUUACGAGGUAUUCCAGCUACUCACAGACCUCAAAGAGCAGCGCAAGGAAAGCGGGAAGAGCAAACACAGCUUGGGGCAGCAGAACCUGAACACGAUCAUGUACGAGACCAUGAAGUACCUGUCUAAAACACCCUGCAGGCACCAGAGCCCGGAGAUCCUCAGGGAAUUCCUCGUAGCCAUGAAAAGCCACAAAUUAACCAAGGCGGAGAAGCUGCAGCUGCUGAACCACAGGCCCAUGACUGCUGUGGAGAUCCAGCUGAUGGUGGAAGAAAGUGAAGAAAGGCUGACGGAAGAGCAGAUCGAGGACCUCCUGCAGACCGUCACCAGCAUCCUGCCUGGGGACCCCGAGGCCGGGCCCAAGCCCGAGGACAUGGCGGUGGAUGAAGGGGACCCCGAGUAACUGCCAGCCCCGACUGCGCUGAGAAUAUCAAAGAUAUUCAGAACUGUUGGUCUCGCCCCAGAGUCCCCGGGGCUUGCUGUGGCCGUUGUAGAAGCCCCCUCCCCGCUUGGCAGGAGAUGCUCCCACGUGAGAGCCAGGGAGAAGGCCGUUCCUGGGCAGCAGCUGAGAAGGGAAGGAGGGGGAAGGGCCACAACCCAUAAAGCCCCAUGGGCCAUGGUUCUGUCUGUCUCCUUGCAGCCCUGCGGUGGGGUCCUAAAUGCUUUCGUUUGCCUCUCUCCCCCAAAGGGCCUUGUCUCCAGAUCCGCUUCCAAGUGCUGUGGAGGGGGCAGCUACGUUUCUCUCCGGGCUAUGUUAUUAUUCUGUUAGAGAACCAUAAAGAAAGAAAAGAAAUAAUGAAUAAUUAAAAAACAUUCUCCCCAUCUCUGCAGCCAGCCUUUUUCUUAAGUUCAUUUUAUUGUCUCAAGGUCAGGGCUCCUUCAGGGGAGGCAGCUCUGGCUUAGUGGGGAGGGAGCUGGCUCCAAGGCCUGGGUUCCAGUCCCAUCUCUGACCCCCGCCGGAGGCCGAGUAGCGAUCCUCUGUCUGCCUCAGGCUGUUCCACUGCGCUGGUCUGGAGGCCUUUCCUGUGUCAAGGGAAUCAUCACUCCCAGCUUAGCCUUUGUUUGUGGAGCUCUGCUGCCCAGGGUGGAGCCCUAUCUUUUCUAUUAUUUGGGGGGGGGCUGUUACAUUUUAUUCAGUUAACAAGUUUAUAUCACCCCCAAAAAAAGGUGACAUUUGGGUAACAUGGAUGCAAACCAAAUUCCCCCACUGACCCACAUCCCAAACAGCCCCCUCCUGCACCCCGAGGCCGCAGCUCUCCGUGGAAGGUGGGCAGCAUUCUCCUCAUCCGUCUGAACCUUCUAACAACAAUAAAAAACCCAAUUAAGUGGAAACAGCUGGAUGCCGUGACCACAUCUGUCAGUGAAUCAUCCCAUCCUGAACGUGACCUCAGUGCAGGAAGCCUCUAUCUGGAGAGGAACAGAGGAGGGGGAAGGACCCGCCAGCGGCAUUUAAAGGGCCCCUCUGUCCUGUUUCUGGGCCUGAUUGGAGAUCUGUACCUUUCCUGCCCCACUCAAGGCUUAGGAGUUGAGAGCCCCCACCCCCACCCCGGGGGUCUCCUCAGGAUCACCGAUUUGGAGUCAGAAGAUCGGCAGGGGCUGGACAUUCUGGCCCCUUCAUUUGGCGGUAGAGCAGAGAUUUGAACUCAGAUCCAUGUCUUUCUUUUGCUCCUCCAGCAGGUAAAUUAGAGCUGAAAAGAUGGUUUUCAGCUUAAGGGCCAGACACAGGGGUCGUAGAAAUUAGAGCUGGGAAAGAGAAAAUACAUCUCCAUCCUGGCUGUGGGGGUGGAUCACUGCACAUGCUGUCUAACUUGAUUGUAUUGGUUAGUUUUACGUUUUCCCCUCCUUUUUAUAAGUAAUGGCUUUGCUGAAUGGGUGGGGUAAAGUGGGGAGGAAGGUGAGAGAGGUUUAGAAUGGAAGAUAAUGUAAAUAAAAAGUUUUAAAAACCA